GAAUUAUUGAUCUUUGAUGAUCUCCAUGAUGAACUGGGCUCCCUAUUCUCAUCAUCCCUUGUUGAGUCUUUCUACUGGUGAUUGGAUAUUGGUAGGUGCGACCGGUGCUAUUCUUAUAGGAGUGGGGUUACUACAAAGAAGCUUGGGAGAUGUUAUUAGAGACGAAGCCCAACUACCUUCUGCUUCUAGUGCAAGAACAAAAAGAGAAGCCAAUAGAUCUAAACGUUUUCUUGACCCUAAAAAGAGACCCCCUUCUUCUAAUAAACCAUAAGUCUGCUUCAUCGGCAUUUCAUCUUAUUU